GGACAGUCCGGUCCGGCGGCGGCGGCGGCAGGUCUUCCCGCCGGGGUCCGAUGACGUCAGUGCGGCACGCCGGACCGGCCGCGGUCGGUCGGCCGCCGCAGUCGGACGGACCGGACCGCCAGUACCGGCGGAGACGGCGUGGCUGGCACACGCAGGAGACGGCGCUCGGCUGUGCCUGCGGUGCGCGGUACACGAUGGAGGACGGCGCGCAGCUGAACGGCGUGGUGGUGGACGGCGGACGACUCGAGGUGCCCACCACCGGCGGCCCGGACGUCAGUGAUGACUCCUCCAGAGCUUCGCCCAGAGCGUCACCUCGAGGUUCGCCCCGAGUUUCGCCACGAGCUUCUCCGCGAGCUUCUCCUAGGGCUUCUCCCAGGGGCUCUCCCAGGGACUCUCCCCGCGGCUCGCCGGGCAUCUCUCCCAGCAGCUCGUCGGGGGACGUUGCCGGGGACGGCGGCCGCGGGACCUAUCAGCGGAAGGUGACGCCCGCCGCCGGCGGAGAGGUGGCGAGAUACAAGCCACGCGGCUCGCCCACGCCCGCGCGCAAGAUGUCCAAGAUGGAGCUGGAGGCGCUGCGCGACAGGAAGCGGAUGGGCCAUCUAAAGGAGAUGGAGCGACUGCUCAGGGAGGGACUGCCCGAGCAAGGCAACGUCUUCGCGUCGGACGGCUUUGUCACGGCCAUCACAUCGCCGGACGCCGCCGCCAAUUUGUUCGGUCUGUUUGACUGGGACGGAGCCGGCUACCUGGAUCAGAACGAGUGGAUCGAGUUUCUCAAAGGCCGACAACAAACGAACCAGCAGCGGGAGCUGGUGGAGGUCAUUGAGACGGCCGCCUACCUGAUCUGCGGCUACCAGGACGUCACCCUCGAGCGCUUCGCCAGCAUCCUGCAGGCCAAAGGCGUCGCUCAGAAGUUCUACCGCAUCCUGCAGGAGAAAACAAACAAUCACGUGACAGUGGAGGGCGCCAUGGACUUCAUAGCCAACUUGAGCAACGCCAGACCUCGCACUGGAUUUACCAAAGAAAACCUAGAAUGGCUGGAGCAGUUGUUCAGAGGUCAGCUGAAGAACUCUCAGGAGCUUCACCUGGACGACUUCACCAAGAUCGUCCACUCCAAAAAUCCGUUCUUUGCGGAGCGUGUGUUCCAGAUAUUCGACCGGGACAGCAGCGGCACGGUGUCGCUGCAGGAGUUCCUCGACGCCAUGCACCAGUUCGCCGGACAGUCGCACGACGACAAGAUCCGCUUCCUCUUCAAGGUGUACGACCUCGACGGUGACGGUCUGAUUCAGCAUAACGAGCUGCAGCACGUGAUCCACGCCUGUAUGGAGGAGAACGGCAUGCGCUUCAGCGAGGAGCAGAUCGAGGACCUGACGUGGGCGCUGUUCGAGGAUGCGGACGCCGAGGAGACGGGCGCCAUCACCUACGAGGCGCUCAAGGCGCAGCUGGAGAAACAUGAGGGGCUGCUCGAGAACCUCUCCAUCAGUAUCGACCGCUGGCUGGUGCCUCCUCAGCCGAAGAAGCGGACGUCCUUCCUGAAGUCGCUGUCCGACAUGGUGCCCUACCAGUUCUCUCUGCCGUACAUCCGCAACAACUACGUCUACCUGGCCUUCCUCUUCCUCUUCCUGGCAGUCAACAUCGGCAUGUUCGUGGCGCGGAUCGUUCAGUUCCUCGACUUCCCGGUCGCCUACAUCAUCGCCAGGGCGUGCGGUUACGUACUGAACUUUUGUUGUGCCUUCAUCGUCGCCGUAAUGCUCCGAAAUCUGAUCACGCUGGCUCGAACCAACGGCCUCGCGUCCGUGCUGCCUUUGGACGAGCACAUCUACUUCCACAAGAUGGCCGGCUGGUUCAUCUUCAUCUACAGUGCCGUGCACACGAUCGCUCACUUCAUCAACUUCGCGGUGAACGUGGUGCCUCCGGACGGCGCGCUGGCGAUCCUCAACGAGGGUAACUACACGUACGCCGAGUGGCUCCUGACCAUGAAGCCGGGCCAGUUCGGCCUGGUGCCGGGCUUCGCCAACCCCAGCGGCGUCGCCCUCAUGGCCAUCCUCAUUGUCAUGGUCAUCUGCUCACAACCGUUCGUCCGCAAGAAAGGAAACUUCGAGGUGUUCUACUGGACCCACCUGCUGUACGUGCCGUUCUACAUCCUGCUGAUCCUGCACGCGCCCCACUUCUGGCACUGGUUCAUCGUGCCCGGCCUGCUGUACCUGCUGGAGAGGCUGAUCCGACUGGUGCGCACCAAGACGGGCCACGGACGCACCUACAUCAGCUCGGGCAUCCUGCUGCCCAGCAAGGUCACACACCUGGUGAUCAAGCGUCCGGCCAGUAUGGACUACCACCCGGGCGACUACCUGUUCGUCAACAUCCCGGCCAUCGCCAAAUACGAAUGGCACCCGUUCACCAUCAGCAGCGCGCCCGAACAGGACGAGACCCUGUGGCUGCACAUUCGCGCUGUGGGUGGAUGGACCCACCGGCUGUACGACUACUUCGAGGAGGAGCAGCUCAAGCUCCAGUGCCUGGAGGAAGGCAAAGAUCCUGACGAGGUGCUCAAGGGAGAGCCGUCCAGCAUUCAGAAGAUGAAAAAGUCGAUCAAAAGGCUGGCGCCAUCCAGCGACAAGAGCCGAAGGAUCAGUUUCAACACCAAGCCGCCAGAAGUCCACACCGAGGGAGUCGUCAACGAGGCCUGUGAGGAAGUCGGCAUGCAGCCCAUCGAGGAGGAGAAGGAAGUCGCGGCUCCGGUGGACGGAAAUCGUCUGGCGCCCCCGGGCAUCAUGUUCAACAACAAGAAGCAGCCGCUGAUGAAGGCCCGCUCCCUGCCGGACAUGGAGCACAGGAUGAAGAAGCGACAGAAGCUGCUGCUGCUCCGCGGCGAGAUGCGCUCCAACUCCGAGACCAAGUUUGACGAGACGGCCCUGGCCAAGGCGCGCAACCAGCUGCAGAACAUGCCGUACAUGAAUCCACAGAACAAGUCGGUGGCCAAGAGUUUCCGCUACAUGCGCCGCAAGCCGACCAUCAUCGCCUUCAAGACGCCGUCGUCGGACAGCCUGGCCGUGGACGAGGGCAGCCGCACGCCUCGCAACGAGAGCCGCGAGGCCAGGAUGGAGGAGGGCCGCUUCGAGGCGGCCGCCAUGACGGAGGGCGAGGCCGUCCAGUACCCGGUCGGAAAGCCGCUGGAGAUCUACAUUGACGGUCCGUACGGCACUCCGUCCAGCCACAUUUUCCGCGCGCAGCACGCCGUACUGAUUGGCACAGGGAUCGGCGUCACACCGUUCGCCUCCAUCCUGCAGUCCAUCAUGUACCGCUACUGGAAGAACCGACACCGCUGUCCGCGCUGCGAACACGAGUUCACCUCCGAGCUGCCCGAGGGCAUCAUGAACCUGAAAAAGGUGGACUUUUUCUGGAUCAACCGCGACCAGCGUUCGUUCGAGUGGUUCGUGAACCUGCUCUCUCAGCUGGAGAUUGAACAGGCCGAGCAGGGCGGCGUCAUGGACCGCUUCCUCGACAUGCACAUGUACAUCACGUCGGCGCUGCAGAAGACCGACAUGAAGGCCGUGGGACUACAGCUGGCCCUGGACCUGCUGCAUGAGAAGGAGAAGCGCGACAUGAUCACCGGCCUGAAGACGCGGACGAUCGCGGGCCGGCCCAACUGGAACAAGGUGUUCCGUCAGAUCCAGGAGCAGAAGAAGGGCAAGGUGACGGUGUUCUUCUGCGGCCCGCCGCAGCUCUCCCGCACGCUGCGCUACAAGUGCGACGAGUUCGGCUUCAAGUUCCGCAAGGAGAACUUCUGAGUGGUCGGCGUGAGCGGACUCGCUGAAGAGGGGAGAAGGAAGACGUGAAAGCGCCUGUUGAAAGAAGACACUGUUGUAAGAGUGCUCGGUUGGGCGUGAACAUGUGUAACGAUGAUGCUGCCGUGAGUAGGGUAGAGACAACGAUGCUUUAUGCUUUAGUGUGGAAUUUGUAAGGGAUAGAGUGCCGUGAGGGUCGUCGCCCAGAAACCGAAUAGCCGACCUACGGAGUCACUGAGUUGUAGGAGUACCCACUGAAGGAGGACCCGCUCCGUUACCGUGCGUCCAUGACUGUGUGUCUGAGGUUGAGAAAUGCUGAGUGAGAAGUCCUCUUCAUGGGCUGAGUUCGAGAAUAGGGAUGUCGGAGUGAUCGUUUGAGAAGCCUGCGGUGCUGGCGAUGGAUGGUGCUUCCAGGUUAGCAGUUGUUUAUCGACAUAAUGCAUGACAAUUCGAGAGCCAUAUCAACUGUAAAUGCUUCGAGUUGAUGACCAGAAUCUUGUCAAGACAAGCUUGGAUACUUUCUUGAGAGCCAUCAGAUUAUUGAUGGCCUCACAUGUGCUUGUGUUUUGUACAUUUGCCUUAAUUUUAAUGCAAUGGGUGUAUGCCCAUGUUUUAGAGGACUGAUAGUGUCACGAUGAACAUAUAUUAAUCGGUGUCGCUUGUAUUCUUUCAUGUAUGUCUGCCUAUAUCACACUCAGAUGACUUAGUACUAAUGAAAUAAACCAUACUCCAAAA